GGAGAGAGAGCGAGAGAGAGGUUGAGAGCUACACUAGUAAGAGAAGCCGGUAACGGACGAGCCAGACCACACAGCACGAGCGGCGGAUCCCGGGAUAUUGCACCGAAUGUGAACGACAGUCCACAGGCGUCCCCGGGCACUUUCACAGGACAGUCGUAGCUUAAGGUCUGCGUGGCGUCAGCCAGGAGGGGAGGGGCUAAACGGCGUGCGAGGUGCCGAGGCUCCGCGGCGCCCCAGCGAUGGCGACGGCCGCGCCCCCGGCCGCGCCCCUGACGACGCUGUCCCGCUGGUACCUGUACGCCAUCCACGGCUACUUCUGCGAGGUGAUGUUCACCGCCGCCUGGGAGUUCGCCGUGCACCGCGACUGGAAGUUCCCGGGCGUGACCAGCGUGUGGGCGCUCUUCAUCUACGGCACGUGCAUCCUGAGCGUGGAGCGCAUGUACCUGAGGCUGCGCGGCCGCGUGCCGCUGCCGCUGCGCUGCGUGCUGUACACGCUCUGGACGUACGUCUGGGAGUUCAGCACGGGGCUGCUGCUGCGGCAGUUCGACGCCUGUCCCUGGGACUACUCCGCCUUCAGGUACAACUUCAUGGGGCUGGUCACGGCCGAGUACGCCCUGCCGUGGUUCUGCGCCGCCUUCCUGGCCGAGCGGCUCGUCAUCCGCAAGACGCUGCGGCUCCGCCUCCACCGCGACCCCGCCGAAGGGGGGAGGGCGGCGAGGGGAGACGGGGAGGCGGGGGCCGGGGGCGGGACCAAUGGCUACCUGAAGGCUGAAUGACCCCCAACCCCCCCCCCCCCCCCAACACCAGCUGCCCGUCCUCCCACCCAGUACUGGACCAGUCUGCUCCCAGUAAUGGACCAGUUUGCUCCCAGUACGCGGUGCGGCUCGGGAAAAGGGCUUUUUAAAAAACAGGAAAUAAAAGCGAUUCAUUACGCUGUUUAGCUCCAUGCUAACUAUCCGUCCUCAGCUAGCAUGCCUUCUCCGUCCGAUUCGGUUCACCUUGAGCGGGUCCGGUUCUUAUAAACCACAUGCAACCUUUGACCUCUUCCUCCUCCUCCCUCCUCCUCAUCUUAUCCAAGAGGACCCUGCGAAGUGUGAGCUUCAAGUGCAACGGACCCUGACGAAGUAUGACGUCAGAGAAGAAGACAAAGUGGUGAAGAGGAGAAAAGUAAAACACAGCAGCUGGGAAUAAAGAACUCCUGAGGGUCGAAAGGACAUACAACCGUAACUUGGUUGACUGUGGUUGAAUGAUGUCUUUUUCUAAACGGGUCUUCUACUAUUUAUUAACCUUCAGAGUACUGUAGUCGCACACUGUUCCGGACUGAAGCGUUUCCAACGCCGUGGAGAAUGUCUUUCUACUGUGAGUGAAGCGCCCGAUGCCUGACGCUAUGCAUGUGAAAUCCUGUCUUCCAAACAUGAAGAACGUCCUCCAUUACUCCGUCCAUCCCCGUUCACUCUCCGGUCGGCCAUGUGUCACAUGACCCGUCACAUGACCUGCGUUCACUGUGCGGCUCGGCAGGUGUUUGAGCUGAGGGUCAGAUGAUGAAUCAGGGCCAUCAACAAGAGGGGCGGAAUGGAACACCUACCAGUUGUACUGUGGCAUCACAGCUGAUCAUUAUUUUAAUAGUCGAUAGAUGGUGUGAAGCAUUGUCAGUCGGUGACGGGUUGGUUACCAGAACCCCAGGGUGAAAGAGGAUUCAUUUUAAAAUGACUUGCUUAGUAUAAGCCGAAGGAUCUUCAGCAUUAAGAAUAAAUCGGUUAAAUUACAAAUUGACAAAAGAAAUUGGCAAAAUCGUUAAUAGUAAAAACAACAAAAUGUAACGGUUCAUGGACUCAUCAUUUCAGUACUGUUAUUCAUUUGUAACUUGAGUGUCCGUGUGUUUCGUGUUCUCCUUGUCUGGCAUGUCCUCAUUGUGUCUGUUGAAACAUUUAUGUUUGACUUGUGCUUUACUGUCAGUUUGUCACCGGUCGAUUCAUUUGAAGGUAACUGUAUCGAUGAAAAGGCUGGCAAAUGAACCUGAAAACAUUGGCCGAAAGUAUCUGACCUGCAGGUUUGACAAGGCCAUCGUUGAUUCAACUCUAUCUGGCCACUUUAGUUUUAUUUUUUUCCCUACUAUUUUCAGCCAAUUUCUAGUUUUAUUUGAACCAUGAAAUAAUAGUUAGAAUCAGGUAAUGAAGUACUAAAGAAUGCUUAAUACUCAUAAUAUAAUCCUACUUAAUAAUACAUACCCAUUAUGUUGUAGAUAGUAUAAUAUGACAAAUAUUUCCAUAAUGCUCUCAUCCUAAAAUGUAAUUAUUAAAAUGCAGCUCGAUUGUCUUUCGUUUCACUUAAUCAAUCAAUGAAUUCAAGAACCAUAAAAAAAUUCUCAAUCAUUCAGGUUUCAUAUUAUAUCUUUGCUGAUUUAUCAGCAAUGGUGAUUUAUUUGUAAUUUCUGGGCAACUAAUUAACCAAUAAGUUAGCAAUUCAAUUGCUUUAAGUCCAUAGGAAUCCGAAGUAGGCUAUGUGUGCUGUGUGACCGACUGACUACACAGAGAAAGUAUGGGACUGUGAAUAGAAUACACUUUUAUAGGACUAUGUUUGUCCUGCUCAUACAAAUCAUGAGUCCCCAUUCGAGGCUCAUUUGACAUUGACUGUAUUUCCCUGCGUGGCAAACGCAUCUAGUCCGACGGGUGGUUGACAGCAGGCGGCCGUUAUUCCAAACGAUGAUAUCAACCCGAACUGCUGCAUCGUCAUAAUGCUGAUCAUCGUACCGACCUGCCGCCUGCUGUCCUGCUCUGAUACGUGCACUCUGUACACAUGCAGUGUCGAGAGCGAAAAUGAAAACCGCUCCGUGUUCAGGCAUCUCCAUUCAGGGAAAGACUGCGUUUUAAACUCUAACAAAAACCUCCGCGUAAAUAUGGUGUGGAUGUUGACACCACGUUUUUCUCAGGAUGACAACAGAAUUAAUCUAUACUUUGGACUGGUAGCUUGAAGCUUCCCGUUGGUGGUGUUGUAGUUAUUUAUGACACAUUGCUUCCACCCAGUGGAACAAAAACGCCACUGCAGCAAUAAAACCCGACGUCUUUGCGCCUGCGCGUCAUUGAGAUCGGGCAAGGGCUGAUGUGGCUUCACAUCAUAACGAACACAGUGUAUUUCAUUUAUUUUUAAUUUACCAUAUUUAUUACAAAGUUAUUUAUACCGAACAUUUCAUGGCGUCGAAGGAAUACAAGGAUAUUUGCAUUUCGCUUUUCACUGCUUAGUAAGCCAUUUGGCCCAUAUAUGUCAUUAUUUUAAUUUGUCGCUAAGGCAAUGUUCUUUUCUGUGUUAGACGUCUUAGACCAUUGCAAAAAUAAAUAGAUCCCAUUGACACCGAGAGCAUCACCACGAUAUCUGACAUUAGAUCCAGCCACUAGAUCAUCUCUACUGCAGCUGUAUCGAUAAGUAGACGCUUUGCCACUCAGCAGUUCAGGUGGGAUCAAUGAGGGUCAGUUCUCCUCAUAAUGGAACCAAGUUUGUCAUUAGUCACUGAGUGUCUGAGUGACAGAAAAUGUACUGCAUCAUCCCGGGUCUCCAAGAUUUAAUUUAUUAUUUUCUUGGUAACAAUCUCUAGUUGAUUUUUUUCUGUAAGACUUUACUGAUUUUUUUUGUAAAGAAAAAAGACUACUGUAUAUCACGUUUAUAUUCUGUUCAUGUAUAGCCUACUUUAUUAAUAAGGGGAACAAUUUGAUUGUAAAUCAUGUAUGUUUGAGAACAAUAUGUGCCUAUGCCUUGUGACUAAACUCAAUAGUGAUU